AAAGCCAAGAAGAGGUUGAAAGAGAAUUCCCUCGAAAAAGAAAAAAAGAGAAGGGGGAAAUCUCUUCUUCAAUGGCGGCAGAGUCAUCUCGCAGUAGCGCUAAACGCCCCUUUAUGGAAGAAGACGACAAUGAAUUCUCCAAAAAGCCACCAGAAAAAAGGGUUAGGUUUCCAAAGGGAAAGAAAGUGAAGCCAGGAGAUGAAGUGGUGGUGGACAAAGCAAAUGUUGAGGAGGGUGAAGUUGACUUGGUGAAUGCUAAAACUGCCACCAAUGCUGCAAAAGAGCGGGAAAAACUCAGAAGGUUUCUAAAGGGAAAGAAAGUGAAGCCAGGAGAUGAAGUGGUGGUGGACAAAGCAAAUGUUGAGGAGGGUGAAGAAGUUGACUUGAUGAAUCCUAAAAUUGCUGCUGCCAAAGAACGGGCAAAACUCAGAAAUCAAAUUACUUCUGAACUCCUUAGUGAGGGCGCUGGAGGUAUCACAAACGAUUUAUCGGCUGCUGAAGUGACAUAUGAGGAUAACGAGAAUUUUGUUGAUGAUGGGAUUCAAAUUGAGCCUUUCAACCUAGAGAAAGAAAGGGAAGAAGGUUAUUUUGAUGCUGCAGGAAAUUUUGUUGAAUAUGUAAGAGAGAAUGAGAUUAAGGAUGCAUGGCUUGAUAAUGUUGAAGUUGAUCCAAAAUAUGCUGCAUUAAGCUCUGUAGCAACAAAUGAUGAAGAUGAGGGCCCCCCAGACCUUUCUUCUAAAGAUAUUGGAAUCAUGAAGAGGCGCAUUGCAAAUGUUCUUGAACCUGGGGAAACGGUCUUGCAAGCCUUAAGAAGGUUAAAAGGUAACAGUGAUAGAAAGGCAAAAAUGUCUGCUGAGACUAAGAUUGUAUUUGACCAGCUAACUGAGGAUGCUAUGAAGCUGAUGGAGAAUGGUGAAUACAAUGUUUAUCAUGAAAAGCAAGAGGUUUUUGAUCGUGAAGCAGAAGGAUAUGAGAAGUUAGCCCAGGCAAAUUAUGAUAUGUUUGCUGAUGAUGACGAGCAUGAUACCAGUAAGCCAUCUACAGAUGAAAAUAAUGCAGUCAGUCAAUCUUCUUCAGUUGCCAUAAAUUCUGGUCCUGAGGGUGGAGCAUCACAAAACGAUUAUGUGUAUGAUGAAUCUUCUGGGUACUAUUACAGCAGCACUUUGGGCUAUUAUUAUGAUCCAAAUACAGGGCUUUAUUGCUCAGCAGCAUCAGGGCAAUGGUACUCAUAUAAUGAGGAGACUAGCGCAUAUGAAGAAGUUCACGAGGUUGCAUCCAAUGUGAGUUGAGUGACUAGUUUAAGGGGAGAAUAGGCUAUUUAGCAUAGCCACAAUCACUGUCUCAGUGGCUCAUGUACAGACCGAAGCACUCUUGAUCUUUUUGUACGUUAUGGGGGAUUUUCUUCUUAGGUGCUACUGCUAACAGUUGUGUUUUUAUCUCUUUAAGGUUCCUGUUUUAUAGUUCCUUAAACUUUUCGCCUAAAAAUUACUUAGAAUGAUCCCUUGAAGUUAGGAGCUGUACAAUGUUUACUCUUAUCAAUUUGUGAGUUAUAUGCAGUUUUGCCUUCAAAUUGCAAAUCACUUUAUUCGGAAAAGAUAAUUAUUUUAAGAUGAUGUUUUGUGAUGUUAAUGUAUGUAACAAUUUUUUUA